AUUUCAAAACAGAUGACGUGACACGUUAGUUCGCCCAACAAAGUAGACGUAGAAAAACCGCUUUAGUAAUCGAGAAAAUUCUGCUUUUUUACCAGUUAGAUAUGGAUAAUGUGGAUUGAUUAUUGAAGAUUAUAUGAUCAUUGAUCAAGUCUCCAAAUGGAUCGUGGAACCCGCAAAGAUCUCCUGGAGACAAUCGAGAAACAGAAAGAUCAGCUCAGCAGAUAUGAGAGUCGGUUAAGAGAUGUCGUCCAAGCUUACAAAAACCUAAGCAAAGAAAAGGAGGCUUUGGAAGCCAGCGUGCAAGCCCUGAGUGCCACAUCCCCACAGAAACCGGUCAGCACACCCCAGAGCGCUAAGCCCCAGGGGCAGAGGAGUGACAGAGAGGGGGAGGCGAGAAAAGACGACGAUAAUGAAUCAGUCGACUCUCAAAGCACAAGAGAUGAGAGUAAAGAGGCUUCAGACACGGAAUCCACUGAGAAAGAGGAAAAUGUGAACUUCCACCAGCUCAAGGAGCAACUGAGCACGCUCACUACUGCCCUAGCAACCGUGACCGCGCAGAAAUCCAAGAUGGAGGCUAGCUUCCAAGCCGACAAGAAGAAAAUCAGGCAAGAGUUUGAGGAAUCGCUGAGGCAGCAUCAGGAAGGCAAAGAGCAGUUUGAGGAGGCCAAGACCGCACUACAGGAGCAACUGACUGAAGCGCGGAACAAAUCGAGACUGCAACAGCAAGAACGUGAGCAAGAGCAGAUAGAUCACGCUGUCAUGAUUAGGGAGCUACAGACGCUACUGGCGCAGGAACGAAACGACAAAGAACGACUAGAGAACAAGCUUGGGGAUUUGGAGGACGGUCUUGCUAUUGCAAAAUCACAGCCUGAUAAAUCUGCAGCCUAUGAGGAACACGUAAGGAACCUGAACCGCGAUCUGGAAGCCGUCCGGAGUCAGCUGAGGGCAGCAGAGCAGAAGGCGUCGCGACCGUCACCGCUAUUAGUGCAACUACAGAAAGAAAUGGCUGAAAUGAAGGCACAGCACAGGAUACAGGUGGAAGCAGAGCAACAGAAAGCCAAGGAAUCCAAAGAAGUCUUGAGACAAUUACGUGAGGCAGAGGAAGAGAGAGUCGCGACACUGGAGAGUAAACUAGCCGAGUUAUCUGAGGUGGUUGGGAACUAUGACAGGGUUAAACAGCAAGAUCAACAAGCUAUACAGAGACUAAAAGAACGUAUCACGCAACUGGAUCUGGAAAACACCGCCCUCGCUCAGGCCAUCAACAAAUCCCAAACCAACCAAUCAGAGGAGAUUGUGAAUCCUGACGCGACUGUGUCGGAACUGACUGAGAAGAUCACAACGCUGAAAGGACUGCUGAAACUGGCCAAUCAGAAAUCAGAGAAACCAGUCGAUAUCGACGACAUUUGUAAUAUUGAAGACCACACAAGUCUUGAAAUCCAUCCUGACCAUCGGAGCUGCCAACAAGAACUGAAACAACUCAAAGAUGAGUUUGAGAGAUACAAGCUGAGGGCUCAGGGCGUGCUCAAGAACAAAUCAGUCAAGGACACUUCAAGUAACAAGGAGAUUGAGGCCUUACAGACUCAACUCACCGAGAUGAGAGAUCGCAUCUCUGUCUUAAGACAACAACUAGAUGACGAGGAAGCUAGCCACAAACAAACGGUCACCAACUACGAGGAUAAAAUCUUCAAACUGAAGGAGCAACAUCGCGCAGCCUUAAGCCAGGCCGAAUCUGAAUACAAGCAACGUGCAUCGGACAUGGAACAGCAGAUCCACAGACAGCGAGACCGCACCAUGGCGCUGCUCGCUGAAAAAGCUCAAGAGAUUGACAUCCUGAGACAGCAACUCAAUCAUCGAUACGGCGGACCUGCUAACAUGCAAGGUGAUUACAGUCUUACCAGACAGUCUUCUGGUGAUGUUUUCUUAGAUGGCGAUGAACGACCUAAAUCUGAGGCUGACGAAACAGUAUCACAACUCCAAGUAUCCAUGGUCCAGAGCAGUAACCCUUCCUUGCUCCACUUUGCCGAUGAGCGAGCGCGUCGCGAGGUGGAGCUCACCGCCGUCAAGAAACAGAAGCAGCAGCUAGAGGGCGCCCUUCGCCAGCUGCAGGAGAAGCACGCCAUGGCCGCGCAGAUGCACGAAGAGGAGUUGGAUCAGUUGAGGGAGGAGGCCGAGAGGUGGAAGAGAAACAGGUCGCGGGAGGGAACCAAUUUGGAGUACUUGAAGAACGUUGUGCUGUGUUACUUCCAGACUGAGAGCCAUUCUAAAAGACGUCAGAUGUUCAGUGCCAUAGCAACCAUACUGCAGUUCACCAGAAGAGAGAAGGAGGGAGUGUUGAAGAAGCAGGGUGCAUCCUGGUGGGGGUACGGACCAACAUGACCAAAACAACUGAUU